CCGGGUAGGCGCAUCAAAAGCUCCACGGUCCAGAUUUAGACAGCAGGGGUUCUUGAAGCAACAUGAUCUGACUCCAUUGAUCAGCUCUUCGGUGCACCCUUGAUUUGCAUGUGAAAUCUAGAGUUAUCUGGUGAGAUCUCAAGGUGCAGACAUGGUACGUGACAAGGUGAAACCAGGGAUGGACUCAACGUGUUCGUCUUCGCCUUACUCUUCAGCGAGCUGGGCUUGGGCUUCGCAAGCCCUGAUCUUACAAUGGGCUGAGGUGGUGUGUUUUCUGUCCCAACGGAUCAAAUUCUUUAAUGCUUGUGAGAUGGGGUUGAAGGUAGAUAAAGGGAGAUCUGGUGCAUCAAAGAAUGUUUCUUCCUUUGUUUCAUUUACUGUCUCAUUACGCCACUGUUUGCUGUAUAAUACGACUAAUUAUCGUUACCACUAAUAUAUCCACAUAUUCAUCCGUCUCUCAACAACGCCUUCGUGCAACUCGGCAACGAAAACAUCAAAGAUUCACCCGAGCAUCCCGACAAUACCAUUCGCUAUCAGUACGCCACGAGACAAGACAGGGCCAAACACCACGUAUACGGCAUUUGUUUAUUAUUUCGCUUCCGUCCCAUAUUGAUUUUUGCCUCUCUUUCUACAGUUAGCAUCUCCAAAUAUCUUCAGCAGCGUCAUCGAUUAUCCGUCAAAAAAAGGACCCCUCCCCCUCCUCCUCUUCUCUUUUCCCCUUAGACGAAUCGCAUUCUAUACCCCCAAAAACUUAACACGCAUGAUCCCCACGGCCGACCCCAUCCUCUCUCUCAACCCUGAGGCAUUGCCCCCGUCGGCCUUACACAUGCUGUCGCUCUCGCCAAAGGCAAUGGAGAAGAUGUCUGGCAUCUCCAACCCACUUAUGUCUCCCAACGCAAUUCCACCUCGCACUUCAAGCACCGGCAUCCCGACCUCUCUCAACGCUACACCCACAAAACCCGUUCUGCGCCCUGUUCCAGAAGGCGACUGGCUGAGCCAGAAGCAGCUCUCCCCAAAGGCACAGAUGUCAAACGCUGGUUACGGCGUUAUGCAAGCUCCCAAUCCGCCUCCCGAUCCCGAGCGCUACGCCCACGAGGAUCUAGAGUUCACGGCUAAGCGCUCUUGGACUGACGAGAAGGAAAAUGUCGUCCGCGGACCUUACGACUAUGUCAUUAGCCAUCCUGGCAAGGACUUCCGCGCCCAGCUAAUCGGCGCCUUCAACGCCUGGCUCGAUGUGCCCACGCCGAGCCUCGAAGUCAUCACCCGAGUCGUUGGCAUGCUUCACGAGUCUUCGCUCCUCAUCGACGAUGUACAAGACUCGUCCGAGCUGCGCCGUGGCUUCCCUGUCGCACACAACAUCUUUGGUGUCGCUCAAACCAUCAACUCGGCAAACUACAUAUACUUUGUCGCCCUACAAGAGCUGCACAAGCUCAACAAUCCAGAGCUAAUCACCAUCUUUUCCGAUGAGCUUGUGAACCUCCACCGAGGCCAGGGCAUGGAUCUUUUUUGGCGUGACACUCUUACUUGUCCUACGGAAGAGGACUACCUCGAAAUGGUUGGUAACAAGACAGGCGGCCUGUUCCGUCUCGGUAUCAAGCUUAUGGCGGCGGAAGCCAACGGCCCUAGUCCUACGGACUGUGUUCCCCUCGUCAACCUAAUCGGUCUCAUCUUUCAGAUUCGAGACGACUACAUGAACUUGUCCUCGAAGGAGUACAGCCAUAACAAGGGAAUGUGCGAGGAUUUGACUGAGGGCAAGUUCUCGUUCCCUGUCAUCCACAGCAUUCGCUCCAACCCUACAAAUCUCCAGCUCAUCAACAUCCUCAAGCAGAAGACCUCGGACACCCAGGUCAAGCGGUACGCUGUUGCCUACAUGGAGUCCACAGGCAGCUUCGAGUAUACCCGUAAAGUUCUCAACGUCCUCAUCGAGCGGGCUCGCAAGAUGGCCGAGGAGCUCGAUCAGGGUCGUGGCAGCACGAAGGGCAUUCAGAAGAUUCUCGACAAGAUGGCCAUUCAAUGAUAUCCAUUCAACGUUUCGGUUUAUUUCUUUUAUCUCGUUACGAUUCACGGAUUUGACGUGUUAUGAGCGAAGCGCAUAUAGAAUGUUGUGACAGAAAUCAGAGACACCUGACGACCUCCGAUUUUGUGGCCACAGGAGAGGCCUGUUCAGCGUGAUACCACUUGGACUCUGAAAGCGUGACUUCAGCAUGAGGAUUGGAUUUUUGGUAUUCACUUUUUGGUAGCCCAUACUGUCCAAUUGAAUGAGCACAACUCAGUAAUGGAAUUUCUUAAUGUCAUGUUAAUUCUUACAUAACAAUGCCCAUAUUUGGCCACAAUUGUGUAGGCCAUCUCAUGCCCCCGACCAACACCUUGCAUAAUAUGAAGAACCAAAGUAAGACCGUGGUAUUACAGAGAUGUAUUAUAUCAACUUGGCUGUACUGGAGCCGCCUUACGCUUCACCAAUCUGACCCAUCGUCGUCGUCUCCAGUCACCUCUCCGACCACUGCCGUCUUCAUUCUCCUCCCAGCUUGGUUUCGGUGUUGCCUUUUGCUUCCCUUUGUCGUUGAUAGGAACGUCCACAACACCCGUACGCUCGUCUCGCUCAUCCCAUAUGUCAUAAACCCAACGCUCGCCUUCUGUCUCAACUUCAACGCCUGUAAUAAUACGUUCCUCUACCCAUUCACGACUCCAAAGGUCUAGAGCCCAUUUCUUCUCGCUCCAUUCCCACGCUUCGGGUGGCAUGACAUCUUCAAAGAAGCGUGUUCCGCGUGGUCGUUCACCUGCAAUUCGAGGUUGUGACAAAGGAUCGUAGGGUGAAGGACUGAAAAGCCAAGGCUCCCACUCGCCACCACCAGAGGUUUUGCGCUGUAGCUCAAAGAUUUCCACUUCACGCGUUUCAGGACUGGAGUCGAGGAUAACGUCUGAGCUGAUCCAGUUAUCUAACCACGACCGAGCCUUGGCCUCUUGUGGCUGGAGACGGUCUCGAUGAGCGGCAGCAAUGAGGCGGGCGACGUGCGGAUGACCCAUACCCACGAUAACCCAACCCCCGAGAAGGAAUAUGAAGCGCCAGGGUAGAAUUUGGGCCGCAAUGGUCAUAAAAAUGCCUCCGGCUGUAAGAAAUAAAAAUAGAGCAGAACUGAGAGCCUCAUCACUAAAAUUCGUCACUGGUACAAGUAAGGCGACGACCUGGUCAUGUCCCCGACUAAAGUCAUCCAUGCAGUUCUGUAGGUCGCGCAUGUUCCGAAAGAAGUCCUUGCUGAGUUCCUUGACUGGUUUCACCGUCGCCGCAGGUGCCAAAGGUGGUCCCUGGGGAGAAUAUCCAACAUUCUGCUCACUCGACAAGGUUCCCUUGGGUGGUGCUGGAUGCCGUGCCAGGAACGCGGGGAUGAAGACACCGAACAGAAGGAUGGCAACAGGCAGCACAAACAGGAGAUAAGGAUCCAGGCAGACAAAACUAUAGACGGCGAGGAGUGAUAGAGUAUGCGACGCGCGCUUCCAGGAUAGAAUACGUUCCACACGGGCCUGGAAUUUAAAGACGACGCCUAUUCGAGCGUUGAAUCGCCGAAAAUUGUAAGACAUGGUAGUGAUAUUGAAGUUCGGCCUCUCUGUAUGGGUAGCUGAUUGUUCAUCACCAGCGAAGUGAACCUCGGUUUGGUCAUCGCUAUCCGUGGGUAUAACUUGCUGAAGAAGUCUACCGUGGCACCAGUCAGUAAAGCAGGGCAUUACAGCGGCUCGGGAAGCUCAAUAUACUUUUCUACCAA